GGAGCAUUUGGGGUCGGGAUUGCGGAGGAAAAGGAAAAUGGCAAGUACAGCGAUAGUUUUUCAUUCCACUUGGACGACAAAUCCCUUGCUUGUCGCUCCGGUGCGCCAAAUUGUAGCCGCCCCUGCUCUAUUCCGAUGUUCCCCAUGCUCUAUUGCUCCAUUCCGACGCUCUAUUGUUAUCGGAGUCCGCCCUAGAAGGAUUGGCUCCACUUCCACUCGAUGCUUAUCCGCUUUAACUCCUGAGCUGAGAACUACCUUGGAUAAAGUUGUUACAUCAAAUAAGGUGGUUCUUUUCAUGAAGGGAUCCAAGGAGUUUCCACAAUGUGGAUUUUCAAACACAGUUGUGCAGAUUUUGAAAUCCCAGAGUUUGCCUUUUGAAACAAUAAACAUACUAGAAAAUGAAAUUUUACGUCAAGGAUUGAAGGAAUAUUCCAAUUGGCCAACCUUUCCUCAACUAUACAUUGAUGGGGAGUUCUUUGGUGGCUGUGACAUCACUGUUGAGGCAUAUCAGAAUGGGCAAUUGCAAGAGUUGUUGGAGAAGGCAUUCUGCUCCUAAUGAACCAGAUUUCGGAAGUAACAGCUUUGUCCGUACUGUUUGCUAACAGUUUAUAUAAAGAAACUGGCUUGGUGAUAAUGGGAAUGUGUUAUUUGAAUUGUCUCUGGUCAAUUGUUCUUUAUGGAUACUGAAAUGUACAUGCUAUCCGUAUUGUUGUUGAAAAAUGAAAUUUCGAUUUGGUAAA